UUGAAAUAUGACGUAAAAACAGGAACUCUGCAUUUUUGCACUUGUACACGUCUAAUAUCGAAGUUUUAUUUCGAUUAACAUAUGAAUUCAACGUAUGUCAGAUGCCAAAUAGAACUCGAUAAAAAAUGUUAUGCUGAUAAUAAUGUCCGGCUUUCAGAAGACCUUCCUGUAGCUUUGUUCGACAGUUUAUUCCCUUAGUUUCAAGCUAAACAGCUAACGAAGCUAUUUAUUUAGCAUUGCCAUGCCAUGGAUGCACUGAGUAUAGUGCAUGAUGAGGUCGCACUAGAAGGACUUGACGGGAUAACUAUUCCCUCUUUGUGGAUCCGUCUUGGUUCCAGAACUCCAAGUUUUCCCCUGAAACUCGACUCGUGCACAAAGGAGUUCAUUUGGAGGUCCUUGAUCAACAAUGUCGACCUGGACUUCUAUGAACUUCCAAAGGAGAGAGUGGAUGUUGAGCUGCUUGACCGGUUUGCAGACAUAAACCCUGAUACAGGCAUUCAGACGACCACAAGUUUUUCCAAUGCAAAAAACGACGUCUACCCAGUCACUGUGGUAUUAGACGACAAGGAUGGAAUACAAGGCUCCUGCCUCUUCUAUAAGCAGAGGAAAAACGUGACAAAAAAUGUCCGCACAGAAGAACUCAAACAGUUGGUUUGCUUAGAGGAGGCUGUCAAGAGAUAUGGCCGAAAGCUUGUCGUGGUGGCGUCCCAGAAGAUGAGGUUCCGCGUCCUUAUUGGUGAAGACAGCGACCCUGACUUGAGAAUAACCGACCAAUCGUACUGCAUAUUGGAGCGGCUGGGCCGCGCCCGCUGGCAGGGAGAGCUGCAGAGGGACCUGCACUCCUCCUUCAGGACAGAGCCUGGGAAGUUGCACUACCUAAGAAGGUGUCUGGAUCGACAUGGCCUCAUCACCAUGCAGUCCCACGUCAUACGCCUGCCCACCGGUCAACAGCAGCACUCCAUACUCCUGCUGAUCAAACGCUACCACGUUCUCAGGAGGAGUAAGUAUGACAUCCUGAUGGAACACCUGUCCAACACUCUGCAGGAUGCUCCUGGCCAGAUCGCCUCUAUCAUCACCCUCCGAGAACUUCUUAACGUGCACGAGAGGACAUUCAAGCAUGUGUACAACUACAUGCUGUCUUACAAGCUGGUCCAGCUCAUCACCCUGCCCCUGGAAGACCUGAACCCCAGUGCCGGGCCCUGCAACACCAAGAAAGGAACGAAAAUAACGGUGCGCUGUCUCAAACUUCUAAAGCCCUACCAGAAGAAGGAGUUAAUGGUCGAGGAAGAUGACGACGAAAAUGAAGAUGGAGUGGGAGUGAGCAGAAAAGGUCUUCCUCAACAGGAUAUUAUCAUGGAGAGAGAUCUGGUUUUACAGGCCUAUCACAUCGUUGUGUCGUCUGGCACCAAAGGCAUCUCGCAGAGUAGUUUGCAGGUGGUGAUGAACGUUGGUAAGCUGGAGGCUCGGAUGUUAUGCCGGAGGUUGGAGAGGGACGGCAUGAUUAAGGGCUUCAUGGUGGACGUCGGUCGACAGAGGACCACAAAGUUUAUUGGCCACAUGUCCGUCAGUGCCAGUGACCACAUGCAGCAGUUUGUAAAGGAGAGGGAACGCAACCAGCUGCUGUGUAACUCUGAGCCCUUGCCCGAGGAGAACGCCGGGACACCCUCCUCCGCCCCCAAAGCGCUUCCCACCUGCAAAGCCUCCUCCACCCCCAGGCCCAAAACCACCAAGGGAACCCCUAAAGCCAAGGCCAAGGACACCCAGAGAGGGGACCCUGAUUUUGUCGCCAAAGGCAAGAAGCGGAGUGUGGGAGGGAGGGGCAAGAAGACGCUGGUCCCAGAGCAGCAGGCCCUGGCAGCUCUGAUUACACCCAUCAAACGUGAAACUCCAGAGACUUCCGUGUCCGAGCCCUCUGUGGUGGAAACUCCCUGUGCCGCAGAGAGUUCCCAGGAGGAGGAGGGGGACCCUGUCUUGAGCCCCAUCGUAGUCCUGGAUGAGAGGGAGGCUCUAGACUCAGCCAGCGAUGACGCCCAGAAGAGCAUCAAGGUGGUUGAGGACAUGCCCAAGCGGAAGAAGCAAGGGAUCCGACUGGAGCGAAGUCAUGAGACCUAUCGUCUGCUGAAGAGGAAGAACAUGAUCGUGGAGGUGGUGCGCAGUGUCAAGAUUGUCGAGGGACUCUAUGCGCUCCAGAAGAUGAUCAACGACAACGAGAAGCUGGAUGGCUCCAGCACCAAGUGCUGCAAGAAGUCCAUCCUCCGUCUCAUACGCCUGCUCUCCAAGGAGGGCCUGGUGAAGAUGUUCAGAACCACAGUCAUCCAGGAUGGAGUCAGUAAGAAGGUGGAAUUUGUAGUUCAUCCGUCGGUACAACCCAACGACAACAUGGUGAAGAGCGCUAUAGAGCAGGUCCGGUUCAGGAUUUCCGGCUCCUACGCUGUUGCACGUGUGCAGCAGGAGCAGGCCAAACAGGGGAUGGAGUUGAGCAACACCAGUCCCCACACCCCUAAAUCAAAGAAGAACAAGGAGGAUAAAAAGAAAAGCCCAGAAGCACAGGAUGCAUUUAUGCCAACAACAGUCCGAGGACUGAGCAGGACGUUGGGUUUCCAGCCUAAAAUGCACCGGCUGCGUCUUGUCCACACCUUCCUCUGGUACGUGGUGUACGGACCGUACCAGAAGGGAUCCACAGGGACAGAUUCCCCUAAGCCAUCACAACCGGCAGACGACAAUACGACCUCCUCCUCCUCCUCCUCCUCUUCCUCCUCCCACUCCUCCUCCACUAAGGUCAUUUCAGCGCCCGCACCGGAGAACGGACAAAACUGUGAAAGUUUGAAUCCUUCCGACUGCGAAAACACAAACGGUGCCGAAAACGCAGCGACAGCAGUAGCGUCAACGCCGCAAAAGUCUGGAGAGACGGCGCUCCCGGGAGAUGAGGAAUCAGUGCAGAUGCUGAAACAAAGAUCUUUGGAAAGCAAUGCGAAGGUCUUUGCGGACGAGCUGUCUUGGAAGAGGUACCUGCCCCCGCUCCGCGUCCACAAGGAGUUUGGCUACGGCUGGGCCCUGGUGAGCGACGUGGUGCUAUGCCUGCCUCUCUCCAUCUUCGUCCAGGUCACACAGAUAAACUUCAAGAUCGAGGGACUGGAUGAGUACCUAAACGACCCUGUGAAGCAGCACUACCUCGUCAGAGUCCUCCCCGCGCAGAUCAAGAGGCAGCUGCUCUACAAACGGAAGUAUAUUUUCGCAUUCUACGAGAAUUUGCAGAAGUUGGUCUACAUGGGCCUGUUGCAGUUUGGUCCGAUGGAGAAGUUCCAGGAUAAGGACCAGGUGUUCAUCUUCAUCAGGCAGCACGCCACCAUCGUGGACACGACCAGCGCCGAGCCCCACUACUGGCAGGUGACCGAGAACCCAGACAAGCCCUUCGAGAGGCGCCAGUACCAAUUCAGCACCGCCGCCGACGUGGAGAACUACUGGUUCGACCUUCUCUGCGUCUGCCUCAACACACCCCUGGGGCUGGUGAGGGGUAAGCGGGGAGGGGAGAAGGAGAUCACUAUGCCCUCUUUAGUGCUCCCGGACCGCUCCCGGUUCCUCAAACUGGCCUAUCUCCUCAAGGGCAGGCGUGAUGAGAUGGAUGACGGGUCGACUCCAGGGGACGGUAAAGGCGCGGGUGGCCUGGACUCUGAAUUCUUUGCUCAUCUGAAGCGCAACUGGCUGUGGACGAACUACCUCCUAGCUUGUAAAAAGAAUUUGUGCGACGGAGAGUUGAUCAACAGCAAGAUGAGGCUGAAAAGCCUGCUGAGUAAGAACGCUCUCAGGCUGGCCCUCAAAGCCGGAGAAUCCACAGCACCUCGCGGCAUGACCACCAAGCGUGCCAAGGUGAUGGAGUUCGCAGAGGUGGGGGUGGAACCAGCCGGCAGGAACCAGCAGGUGAUUGGCGGGAAGAGACAGAAGAGGAAGAGGACCAGGAAGGAGGUGGUCAAGGUGCCUCGCAAGAAGAGAAAAGAGGCCAAGACGCGGGUGCCGGCCCACGACGAGGCGGACCACCGGGCCCUGAAGAUGAUGACCCGGCAGCGGGUCUUCUGGUCCCUGCAGGAGGACUCCAUGCUGAUGCUGUGCGGCGUGGCGGCCAAGCUGCUCAACGACAAGCUGACGCGUCCCUUCGUCCCGUACUGCGUGGUGCGGGACAUGCUGCAAGCCGAGCUGGAGAACUCCAUGGACAAGACCUCCCUGGCGGUGGGCCGCCGCACCAGAUACAUCCUCAAGAACCCCCAGACCCUGCUCAACCACAGGAUCUGCCUGGCUGAGGUUUACCAGGACAAGGCUCUGAUGGACGAGUUGGAGCUGAAGAAGCCAGCCGAUCCAAACAAGCCAGAGGAUUGUGCACAAGCGUUCAGUGAGUACACGCGGCUACUGAGGCACAAGUUCAGCUCCUCCACCGUUUCCUGUGAUGUCACUCUCCCCGAAACCAAGUCACUGCUCUUCUCCCGGUACAAGGUCUUCACGAUAGACCAUGAACAACAGAGGACCUUCAAAGAUGAUCUUACCUGUACGGAGGACAUCCACGCCAUAGUAUUGCACAACCUCAUCCAGAGCACCCUGGUCAUGUCCAACUCCCAGAUGAAGUCCUCGCGCUCCUUUCAGACCUUCCACAUGUACAGCCUGUUCAACCAGGAGGUGCUGUGCCAGGUGUUCAUCCAGUGCAGGAAGAGGGGGCUGGUGAACCGCCGGCGCGUCCACAAGGCCUACGGGCCCAAGAAGAACCGCGCCCUGCCCAUCCUGCCCAUGUCCUACCAGCUCUCCCAGACCUACUACAAGUGCUUCACCUGGCGCUUCCCCACCUCGCUCUGCACCGACGCCUUCCGCUUCCUACGAGCGCUGCGCGACAACGGCACGGGCGACGCCCACAAGAUCACCAGCUUCUACAAUGAGGCCGAGAGCCGCAUGGACGUCCCUCCGGCUCCCAGCGGCGCCGUGACCACGGAGGGGAGUCCGAUGGAGAGCGCCGGGACGAAGGACAAAGGAGAGGGGGGCAGUGGCGGCCUCAAGGGAACCGACGGGGACACUGGGGACCUCAAGGGAACCGACGGGGACAGUGGGGACCUCAAGGGAACCGACGGGGACACUGGGGACCUCAAGGGAACCGACGGGGACACUGGGGACCUCAAGGGAACCGACGGGGACACUGGGGACCUCAAGGGAACCGACGGGGACACUGGGGACCUCAAGGGAACCGACGGGGACACUGGGGACCUCAGGGGAACCGACGGGGACACUGGGGACCUCAGGGGAACCGACGGGGACAGUGGGGACCUCAAGGGAACCGACGGGGACCUCAAGGGAACCGACGGGGACCUCAAGGGAACCGACGGGGACCUCAAGGGAACCGACGGGGACAGUGGGGACCUCAAGGGAACCGACGGGGACAGUGGGGACCUCAAAGGAACCGACGGGGACACUGGGGACCUCAAAGGAACCGAUGGGGACCUCAAGGGAACCGACGGGGACAGUGGGGACCUCAAGGGAACCGCCGGGGACAGUGGGGACCUCAAGGGAACCGACGGGGACACUGGGGACCUUAAGGUCCCCGUUCGGGAGCCUGUAAGCGAGGCAAUGAUCCAGGCGGACGGCCCAGAUACGGUCAGCCCCGCUGAACCAGGAGAGUCCAAUCAGAGCAAACAAGGGGAGGAACCUGUGGAGAUGGAAGAGGGCAACGGGGAGGGAGAAGUCCCAGGCGUGGACACAAAGCCACAGACCCAGCGCAGUACAGCGCAGGACUCCUUCGUGGUUAACGCCGGAGGCCUAGUUCCAGCCCCCAGGUCUGCCGAGUCGCCCUCGGCCCAGGAAGAGCAGCCCGGGGCGGGGCCCGUGGUGGGCGGCCCCGGCCCGUCUUUGGAGCACCACCUGGACCUGUCGGACAUGAUGCACCUCUCCCUGGACUCCCCGGGGGGGAUGUGCGCGGCGGCCCUCACCCUGAUGUCCCUGGGUCUGCUCUCGGUGCACGUGUCCAUCCCCAAGGAGGUGGUGCUGGUGGACAACACUGUGGUGAAGACCGACGUGGUCAAGAGAUUGACGGCACUCGAGGAAGAGGAUGAAGAGGAUGAUGCUGACGACGGUGAGGGGAAGAAGAGGCUGCCAGGGAAAGCUACAGUCUCGCACACAAGCUACCUCAUGAUGAAGGGAUACUGCUAUCCUGGCAUAGUCCAACUACGUAACCUCAGCACCUGUGACAACAUCGUGGUGGACCCCUGCACCUUGAGGUUCAAGCUCCGCGACACGCCGGCCCAUCAGAUCUUCAGCGCGCAGGACUCCCCGCCCCUGGACCUGACCCGGUGCGGGCCGUCCCUGGUCCCGGCCGUCCUCUCCCGCAGCCUCCGCCUGCCCUCCUGCUCCUCCUCCUCCUCCUCCUCCUCCUCCUCCUCCGCGGCGGGGCAGGGCUGGGCCGCCCCGCUGAAGGCCUACUGGGGCUUCUCCCAGCAGGACGCCGAGGCCUGCGGGGCGCUGCGGGCCACCCUGGGCCGGGCCGGGGAGGGCGGCCUGGGGGAGGAGGAGCUCCACCGGGACCUCGCCCACCUGGAGCAGCCGCUGGAGGGACGCACCCGCGGCCUGCAGCAGUACAUGCAGGUGCUGGAGGAGGAGUGCCAGGCGGUCCGGGUGGGGGCGCAGGCCGUGCGCUGGGUGCUGGCGGAGCACGCCCGGCCCUGGCUGCUGACGGUGCGCCUGAGGCCGGGGCUCUCGCAGGGCUACACCAAGGGCCGGCUGAGGCCCCGCUGGCAGACCAGGCACAGCAUCCCCUUCAUGCGCAAGAGGGCCCCGGAGGUCGCCGCCACCAUGGUGAUGAGGAUGGAGGAGGACGAGGAGGACGAGGAAGAGGAGGACGCCGAGCCGCCCAGAAAGAGGGGGCGAGGAGGAAAUGGCAGCGCCAUGGAGGACGGACUCGUAGCUGAGGAGAAGGAGAAGGAGGAGGAGGAGGUGGGGCCAUCCGUGGAGGACGGGAAGACGAGGAAGGGCGGAGAGGAGGGAGAAGUCCGGGAGAACGGGCUGGAGAAGGAGCGUGAGGGAAGCGAUAAUGAGGAGGUCUUAUCCCCGCCGCCCCCCACACCGCCAUCUGGUGGCGGAGACGAGGAGAUGAGCUACAUCAGCCGGCCCUGGAGGAUGGUGGACGGCAGCAUCAACCGGCUGGCCUGUAAGGGCAUGCUGGAGGGCCUCCUGUACCACGUCAUGGCCCGGCCCGGGAUCACCCAGCACUGCCUGGUGGAGCACUACCAGAACACGCUGCAGCCUAUGGCCGUGCUCGAUCUCAUCCAGGCGCUAAUAGACAUGGGCUGCGUGCGGAGGAAGUCUGUGGUGAGCCGUAAGGCCACGCUGUUCUCCCGCCACGCCGACCCGCCCACAGAACCAGCAGCAGCGACCUCGGGCCCCGGGGCCACGGACACGUGGUUCUACGAGCCCACCAUCAGCUGUGUUCUGCGGCUCGCUCAGGUCCUGCCCAACGAACCCCAUUGGAACCAGUACGUCUGACCUCCAUGUGAUGGUCCUGGAAGGGUGCCUGGUCACCCGUUCAUUGGUGGUUUUAUCAGUAUUUUUGUAUAUGUGUGGAGACCGGUCGCUAAGCUGCUUGUGUCACUGGGUUAAGGGCGGGUUGCCUCCAGUGACUACAAUGGGGAUUACAUUUUUCGGGAUCUUGCGCGGAUGCUAUCAGUCAAAAAGGUUUACACCGCUAGUUUUCUAAAUUUGGAUUCUUUAGAUUUGCUGUUUGUUUUUCUUUUGAUUGUGUUUUAUUUUAAGUUAUUUUUCUGUGUUAAUAAUUCUGUAAAUAGUUGUUUCGGGAUUGUAAAUACAAAUAAAUGAUUUUUUUCAACGUA